AUGGUUAUCACGCGGCAACAUCGCCCGCAAUCAGCACGCCAUCGCCGGCACUCUCCUAUUCUGCAUUGCCCCGUGCUGCUUCUUGUCCCCUUUCUUCUCCUCGCCCUCACCUGCCUUGACCUUUCCUCCGCACAAAGCGCGCCGACUCCUUCCGCCAGUCCCCCUUCCGCCAGUCCGUCUCCGCCUCCCCCCGCAACUCCGCCGUCCUGCCCGUUCACCGGGCUACAGCCGUCCGCUCCUUCCGUCUCACCUUCCCGCUGCCCGGCCGCGGCGAAUCUUUCCUGCUGCCCAGCAUGUAGCGAUCUGAACGGCGCGCUACAGCUGGCGUCGGCGAACAUGAGCGCCCUUGUAGCGGAGCUCAGCCCCGGCGCUACAGUCGACCCGAACCUGGGCGCGUGCAACGGGUUUGAGGGACAGCAGCGGUGCCUGCAGCUUCUCGAGGACCUCAACUGCGCGUCGAGUUGCAACUCAGAUUCCGGCGGGUACAUCAGCGGCACGAGCAUGCGCGUAUGCUCCGCCUUCGCCUCGACCCUCUUCGACGCGUGCACUCCCGUGUGGAUGGACAAGCUUCAGCUGUCGCAGCUUUUCCCAGACGCCUCCUCCCUCCUCGCGUCCUUCGCCAGCAAUGUGACGAAAAUAAUGGGAUCUCUGGUUACCACAUUCGCGAUCGACGACUCGUCGGCCUGUUUCAACGGCACGGGCAUCUACCCGCAAUACACGGCGUGCUGCGAUCCCUACUCCUCCCUCCCCUCCUGCCCUGUCACAUCCCUCGACCCUUCUAAGUACCAAUCGGUCGUUAAUCGCACUAUUGACUCUAAUAGCUGCAUGGGGAUCGCUCCCCCGUCUCCUCCUCCAGCUCCCGCUCCCGCCCCCGCGUCGCUCCCCUCCGCUCCGCCCCCACCCCCUCCUUCCCCCGUUUCCUACCCCAUCUGCCCCUUCACGGGUAAUUACCCCUCCGUUCCUGCGCUUUUUCCGCCUGCCCGCUGCCCGGCCGCGGCGAAUCUCUCCUGCUGCCCGGCGUGUAGCGAUCUGAACGGCGCGCUACAGCUGGCGUCGGCGAACAUGAGCGCCCUUGUAGCGGAGCUCAGCCCCGGCGCUACAGUCGACCCGAGCCUGGGCGUGUGCAAUGGCUUCGAAGGACAGCAGCGGUGCCUGCAGCUGCUGGAAGAUCUCGACUGCGCGUCAUCGUGUAACCCAAAUUCUGGCGCUUACAUAAGUGGCACCACCAUGCGCGUGUGCACUGCCUUUGCUGACGCCCUCUACACCGCGUGCAGCCCUGUGUGGAUGAACAACGUCUCUAUCUCUGCGCUCUUUCCCAAUGCCUCCUCCCUCCUCACAUCAUUCGGGGGCAACAUGACCAAACUCAUGGGAUCGAGUGUAACCAACUUAACCAUUGACGAUUCCGAUUCCUCCUGUUUCAACGGCACUGGGGUUUACCCAACCUACACUGCCUGCUGCGACCCCCUCGCAGCCCCUUCCACCUGCCCUGCAACCGCACUGAACCCCUCUAACUUCCCUUCCGAUCUGAUCAACCGCACCAUUGACUCCCAGUCCUGCAUGGGCAGCCUCCUUCCGCCUCCUCCUCCCCCUGCUGCCCCCUCUUCCGCCCCCGCCCCUUCCCCCUCCGCCCCCGGGUCCGCCCCAGCACCCGCCUCGUCUGCCGCCCCGUCGCCCCCCCCAGUUACCACCUUCCCCAAGUGCCCCUUCACCAAUAACAGCCCGUACCCGCCAGGCAGCGCCAUGCCGCGCUGCCCUGCUGCGGCGAAUCUCUCCUGCUGCACCGCCUGCCAGGACAUUGAUGGCGCGUUGAAACUCGUCACUACGAAGCUGGAAGAUGUGGUGAAACGGAUCGGCCCGGCAAAUUCCGUGGAUUCCAGUCUCAAGCUGUGCGAUCUCUACAGUGACCUCAUGUGCGAGCAAUCAAUUGAGGAUAUGGUCUGCGCACUCACAUGUAACCCAGACCUCCUGUUUCAACGGAUCACCACUCGUCCCAGCCACUCCAGCCUGCUGCGACCCGCUCUCUCUCCCCUCCUCCUGCCCCCUAGGCUCUAUAGACCCUUCUAA